GUUCCUAUUAGGGUCCAUAUACCCUCCCAGGGGUCUCGGUGUUUCAUUUACUCCCCGGCUGGUACAGGCAGCAUCCGCAGCGUGCCAGCGUGAGGCUCGUUUGAAGUUGCAGGACGAGAGAGAAGCAGCGAGAAAGAGAGACAGAGAGAGAGAGCGAGAGAGAGAGAGAGAGAGAGAGAGAGAGAGAGAGAGAGAGAGAGAGAGAGAGAAUGUCGACUGAUUCUCACUGAGAAAAAGCAAUAGCUCCAAGAAAGGCGGCGGCGUCCAGCCUCUCAGUGCCAUAGCUGAGCCGAGCCAGCUUUACGCACACACGAGCGCAUCUGUUCGCCAUCAGCACUUUCUACUAAACUCAGUCAGUUGCGACCGUGAGUCAACAGGAGUGGGAAGUGGGACAGGGCUUUUUAAGAGUACUUCUUGAAAACCCAGCUGCAGGAUGCUGUGAUUUUAUAUGGUGACCUAUAUUUGUUGUUUAUGCGCGUGUAUGGAUGGGCCAGAUGCAUAGAGAUUUGUGAUACCGGGAAACAAACGAGGAGAAAAGCUUUUCUCCUCUGUCUGUAGAAGUUUGGUUUACCACUACUGUUCCGUCUGGAUGUGAGCCGCAACUUUGCUUUGCUUGGAAAACGUAGGCUUCUCUGCUGGUUUGGAAGCGCUGUUCCAGUUCGUGAGUUCUGGGAUCAAUUUGGCUCGCUUAUUAUUAUUGCUCCAUUUUUUCUUCUUCUACUGCAUCCUAUUUGCGUCAUGACUUCUAGCUAUGCACAUGGAAUGGACAGGCAAGCAACGAUAUCAAAUCGUUUGGAGAGCUCGAUUACAUCCAAUCUGGAAAACCUUCAAGCCAAAAAGAACUUCUCCGUGAGCCACCUGUUGGACCUGGAGGAGGCCGGAGAAAGGGUUGGGACCCAGGCGGACGAGAGUGUCGGUGAGGCGGGGAGGAAUAUGCUGGAGUCCCCUGGGCUGACCAGUGGGAGCGACACCACUCAGCAGGAGAAUGAGCAGCUGAAUGCGGAGGAGAAGAAAAAGAGGAAACAGAGAAGGAACAGAACUACAUUCAACAGCAGCCAGUUGCAGGCUCUGGAGAGGGUGUUUGAGAGGACACACUACCCUGACGCCUUCGUCAGAGAGGACCUGGCACGCAGGGUCAACCUCACAGAGGCACGGGUGCAGGUGUGGUUUCAGAAUAGAAGGGCCAAGUUCCGUCGGAAUGAGCGCGCCAUGUUGGCCAGCAAGAACGCCUCGCUCCUCAAGUCCUACUCCGGGGACGUCACGGCCAUAGAGCAGCCCAUCGUACCCCGCCCUGCCCCCCGCCCAAACGAUUACCUGUCAUGGGGUAGUGCCUCUCCUUACAGCUGGUACCCAAUGCCGGAGGGAGGGCCAAUGCGAGUACCACAGAAAAUGCUGCCCUCAGAAAUACCAUGGCAACCUACCCCCCCACAUGUUCCAACCCCAAUACAUCCCAGGGAAUGAACAUGGCUAACAGCAUCGCCAACCUGCGGCUCAAAGCCAAGGAGUACAGCUUGAACCAGGUGCCCACGGUUAACUGAGGAGAGAGGGGGGAGAGAGAGUGCUUCACGGUGGGGCUGGGGGCAGGAGCAGGGACUCUCUCUCUCUCUCUCACGUCUGUCCCACACAGAAAGACAGUCAGACCCCAGCCUGACCCCCACAGGGAUGAUCAAGAUCUGACCACCCUCCAUGGAAUUUUAGCUCGAAGUCUCCUCUCGCUCCAGAGCGUCGUCGCUAUAGUGACGGACGUGCUUCCUAUACUGUCCUCAUAUCUGAAGCAUCAGAUGAGAAAACAAGUGACGCGGGGGAAAUCUGAGAGGCUGUUUCUGUGAGCUGCCUCUCUCCUGUCCUGAGCAUCGCUGAAAUGCCGCUGUCUGUACCUUCCAAUGAUACCAAAGACAAUCGAGACUGAGACUGGAUGCUUCAGUAGUUUCUAUUAUUUCUUUCAAUUUGGUGUUGACUGAAUGAAAGGCUCAUUUUCCAAAGAUAUCAAUGGAGAGGUGUUCUCUCAGACCCGGACAAAAUAAAUCUGAUUGUCAGAC